GCAGCAGCAGCAGCAGCAGCAGCAGCAGCAGCAGCAGCAGCAGCAGCAGCAGCAGCAGCAGCAGCAGCAGCAGCAGCAGCAGCAGCAGCAGCAGCAGCAGCAGCAGCAGCAGCAGCAGCAGGAGAUUAA